AUGUCCCUUAACUAUAACUCCGAUGAUGCUUGCCCACGAUCUCCUGGCCUCGUUCCCGUCCGACUAAGAGCAACCCCUUCACCCUCUCCACCACCAUGUGUGACGCAGCCGCAAGCUACUGUUAUGUUAACUGCCGAGAAAUUUCGAGGCAGGAAAAAGACUCGUCCAAGUCAAGGGGACCACGUCCUUAUCCGGGUUAUGGAACCGAACAAACCCGACAUUGCACAACAAGUUGGCGAACGAGCAUUGAAUUCAGAUUCUGGUUCUGAGGCCGACGAUGAGGACAUAGAAGAGCAAUCUCAGGUAGCGGUUGUUAGGGGCAAUCACACCGGUAAUUCCGACUCUUACAGCUUCCCAUCAACACUUUCCGCAUCCCUGUCUAUUUCGUCAACGACUACUCAACACGGUGCAAGCAAGGUAUCAGCACCAGGGUCUUCCUCCUGGCAGUCCGCGGACAAAGGGCACAACAAGAAUUUGGUAGCGUAG